GUCCGAGCCACUGCAAGCUGAUGAGCCCGAGGAGGCCGCAGGAGGAGGCUCCGGCGCCGCCGCCUCCCGGCCUCCGUGUGGAGGGUCUGCCCUCGGGCACCGACCCUCCGGCCGCUCUGCGCGGGCACGUGGGCGCCCGUGGGAUUGCCGUGGGGAUUGCCGUGGGAUCCCGGCGAGGCCCUACUGUUCCCAGGCAGCUCUCUGAGAGCUGAGAUCGGCACCGCAGGCUAGCGCCGGAGCUCGUUCCCGCUUCUGGCAGGGAACGCCGCAGCAGCCUGCUUGAAGCUGCAGCGUGUGCCGGAAGGCCCUUUCUCAACUGUUUCCCAGUAUGUGUGUUGCCACGCUUUCCAGAAGCUCCGUCAGAAGCUCAUUCCAAGAGCUUCCAGAGCUCCUUUGAGAGGCGUUGGAAGGCCCUUUGGCGCUCCGCUAUCCGGGCUUGGGACUUCACAAAUUCGCCCCGCGCACCACCCCUUCCUGGUCUCCAUCUUCGCCGCAAGCUGGUUCGUGGCCGUUGCCGUCCUCUCGGGGUUCUGGGCUUCCGCUUUUUCAGUUCGUUGAUGACAUUUCUGAGGAUGGGACCGUUUGAACGAGUGCGGCCUCGGCGGGUUCGACUUCUAGCGGCUGGCGUUCUUCGCGGUGCAGCCAGCCGUAUUCCCCCCUGGUGCUGCUGUGCUGCUGUACGUUGUCAUAGUGAUGCACGGGUCCGUCUUCGAGGCCGUCGGCACCCCAGGGAUGAGCUUCCCCGAGGCGGACCUGGGCUUCUUGGUGUCCACGGAGGCGCAGGCCGCCGGUCGAAAUCAGAGAGCACUGACGGAGCGCGCCAGGUCGCUCGCCCCCUUUUGCUGAUGUCGCCCCUCCACAUCCCUGCCAAGCCGCCGCGGGCUCCACGAGCCGAUCGCGGCUGGGCCCGGCGGGCGCCGAAGGUCAGGCGGGGUGUGGUUUUGCAACGGUUCCGCUGUCAGUUUGAACAGCCCAGGCGCGAUUCCGCGAUUCGUGGGUUUCUACGGACCGCCUCUGGGAAUCUAGCUCCGGCGAGGAAUCGCAGAACUUGUUUGCGGGUCUUGUCGCGGAGGCAGUGGUUGCUCCGCGCCGCAGUCGUGGGGCAUUCCGCUUCCGCCUCGCAGUCGAGCCUGUGCGUGCACGCGGCCGCUCUGUGAUGUUUAUUCGGUCAUCCUUUUCUGAAGAGUUGCCAAUCGCGCACUCCUCCGCCCACGCGUCCCUCCGGACGCUCGGCGCAGUGGUGGUGGUGGCCGCGGCGGCAGCGGCUGCGGGCCGUCGUGCGCGCUGUUCGCGCUGCCGAGUCGCCCGGGAACG